UUGACUCACUCUGAGGACAGUCAGUGAAGAAGAUACUGCCAUUUUUCUGGAUUUCGGUCAUUAAAUCAUACCUGCCGCAGGUUUUCUUACGUACAUAACCAAGCCUUCUCACAAAAAGUUGCCCAACUUCAGGCAAAAGCAGACAUGAUGGCACACACCUGUAAUCACUACACUUCAGAAGCCAAGACAGUAAGAUCACAGUUCACACCCAGCCUGGAACAUGGUGAAACUGGAGCAGGACAAACAAUAAAAGAAGUAGCAACAGGAGCCUAAAAGCUGCAUUUCAGGAACAGAGCAGGAAAUAACCUAUACAAGACUGAACUUCCAAAAUGCUUCUCAGGAUCUUCCAAGGAAAUUGCAAGAUCCACCAUUAUACAGACUCUUUUUGUGGGUGGAAAACUUUAGAUUCACUGUAUUGAAUGUGCACUCAUCACUCCAUACCGGGGCCGACUUAUGAAUGAAGUUCACCACAUCUUGAUGAGAAAACUGAGUGAUCACAACCUUCAACGAGCAACACGUAAUACUUCUGAAAGGAGGCAAAAACACAAAUCUUCACUGAUUACAGGCAGAUGUACGCAAAAUGUAUCUCCAAUGCCUUUUGGCCAUAUUGUUGCUAUAACUGUGGUGAUCCGUUUCCUCGUUAUGUUAGCGAUAUGGGCUGCCGUAGUCACCAAAUCAUUAAUCAUCAAAGGAGUUUCGUUUCCUUCAAUAGAAAGUUACUGUGGCCCAUGUCCUAAAAAUUGGAUAUGUUAUAAAAACAGCUGCUACCAAUUUUUUCAUGAGAAGAAAAACUGGUAUCAGAGCCAAGCUUCUUGUGUCUUUCAAAACUCCAGCCUUCUGAAGAUCUACAGUAGAGUGGACCAGGAUUUCUUUAAGUUGGUGAAGUCAUUUCAUUGGAUGGGACUAGUACAAAUUCCCAAAACUAGAUCCUGGCACUGGGAAGAUGGCUCAGUUCUCUCACCAGAUCAACUCACACUGAUGGACACGCAGAAUGGAAAGUGUGCUCUCUAUGGCUCAAAUUUUAAAGGCUACACAGAAAACUGUUCAACUCCGUACCCAUACAUCUGCAUGCAAAGGACUGUGUGAAGACAGUACCAGCUCUACAAAAUCCCUGAAUAGAGUGUACAACAGGGACUCAAAGAGAUUAUUAUGGGGAUGUAAGAUCUUGUGGAUUUAGCUUUCCUAGGUCUUGAACUUGCUGGCUACCCAUCACACUAUCUUUGUUAUUUCCCUUUUUUUGGUGUGGGAAUGUUUACCCAGUGCCUAUGACUCAUAGUUUUAAAUCAUAGUUUUAAAUGACUCGUUUAACUUAACAAGUUCACAAUUUAAGAAGAUUUUUGCCUCUCUUCCCCAUAUCUUAUUUAAAUUAUAUUUGGAUGAAACUUUGAACUUAAAAUUCUAAAGGACUGAUCCUGGAAAUAAUCAAGACUGUAGGGAUUGUAAUUAUGUAUUGUUCCCUGUGAGAAGGCUGUGACUUUCAAGGGUGGUAGAAUACUACAGAUGAAUGCUUGUGUUCCUCCAAAAUUUAAACUUGAAGCCUUAACUCCAAAUAUUAUGAUACUAAGAGGGGUUCUUUUGAAGGUGUCAUUUUGUCAAGAGGAUAAAGCCAAAAUGAUUGAGAUUAAUGCCAUAAAGAUAGAGCCACCGUGAUUUCUCUCACCUUCUAUUCCUCAAGUAUUCAAGUGUACAAGAGGACCCCCACCAGUGCCCUGCUAUGUUGGCACCACAUUCUUGGUUUUUCAAGAUUUGGAACCAUAAGGAAUAAAUAUCUGUUGUUCAUAA